CCGAGGACUACAGCUAUCCAACCAGCCCAGAGCAGAGCUACCUGGGACGUAAAUACCGCCUCCCUCCGCGUGCCCGAAUUGUAGCCUCUUGAUGCCCUUUUGCUGCUUUGAUUAUCCAUCCGCCAUCACUUCACCUCAGCUUACCGACCUUACACAGCACUUGCGAUAGCAUUGAGCAUCCGCCAUGGCUUCCAAUGCAAACGGACCCGGAGAUGGAGGUGCUGUAGGCAGUGAGGCCAUCAACACCGACAUCAUCACCCUGACGAGAUUCGUCACCGAGGAGCAAGCCAAGCACAAGGAAGCCACCGGAGACUUCACAAUCCUCUGCCAUAGCCUUCAGUUUGCCUUCAAGAGCAUCGCAUACUACAUCCGGAGAGCAACAUUGAUCAAUUUGACCGGCCUCGCUGGCUCCGCAAACACCACAGGCGACGACCAGAAAAAGCUCGACGUGAUCGGAAAUGACCUCUUCAUCAGCGCCAUGAAAGGUUCCGGAAGAGUCCGGCUACUAGUCUCGGAAGAGGAGGAGGAGGUCAUCACCUUUGAUCAAUACCCGCACGCUCGAUACGCCGUCGCAUGCGAUCCCAUUGACGGCUCGUCGAACCUGGACGCCGGUGUCUCGGUCGGCACCAUCUUCGCAAUCUAUAAGCUAGCGGAGGGAGCGAAGGGCACAAAGGAGGACCUCCUGAAACCCGGCACCGAGAUGGUCGCCUCAGGCUUCACCAUGUAUGGAGCUUCGGCGCAGCUGGUCAUCACCAUGAAGGGCGGUGCAGUGAACGGCUUCACGCUCGAUACGUCGUUUGGCGAGUUUAUCCUCACGCAUCCCAAUAUGCGCAUUCCCAAGAAGCGCGCCAUCUACUCGGUCAACGAGGGUAACAGCUUGUACUGGGAGGAGCCGGUCAAGGAGUGGGUCAACAGCCUCAAGUAUCCUACCGAGGGCGGCAAGCCGUACAGCGCUAGGUAUAUCGGAUCCAUGGUUGCCGACGCAUACCGCACGCUGCUGUACGGAGGCAUCUUUGCGUAUCCCGCGGAUAAGAAGAGUCCGAAGGGCAAGCUGCGGAUUCUGUACGAGUGCGCGCCCAUGGCCAUGGUGUUUGAGAAUGCCGGCGGUCUCGCAGUCGACAGCAAUAUGCGGCGUAUGCUGGAGGUCGUGCCGGAGCACAUCCACGACCGGAGCGGCAUCUUCAUGGGUAGCGAGCAGGAGGUGCAGAAGGUGAUUGACUUCCACAAGAGGCAUCAAAAAUAGAGAAAGAUGAGGAGGGGGAGGAGGAGGAGGGUAUGGUUACCGGAAUGAGGGGUCGAGCAUAACCGCUUCGGAAACUCGAGG